GGAUAAUGGACGGUUCUAGACUGAUUGCAUGUAGUUGAAUCCACUUCUACGAAUAGUUUACCGCAGUACUACCGUGAUACUUCGAUUUACGAUUGACUACGGAGUACUGCGAAAUGGUCAUGUACUAGUGAACAGUCCCACUAACUACUGUACCAAUGAGGAAACGUUUUACCUCGCAGAUUUGUUAUCCUUAGCUUUGAAUACCUGCAUUACUCUCUAAACUUCAGCCCAACCCGUAACCCGUCUACCUUGGUAACGGGGUACUUCGCUGCGAAUAUCUUUCUUUCUUGCUUCUUCACCACUUUUCGUCUCUUUCAUUUGUUGAGAAGGAGGGGAUAAGCUACCCAUAGCCAAGACGAACGAGAUGUCAGAAGCCACUCCCUCCCCCGCACAAGGCGUUGGCCCCAUCUACAGGCCCGAUGGCGAAAAGCCCACAGCGACAGUAUCUAAAGACAUAUCAUACGAGAAUGUCCACGUUUUACCUCAGUCCCCUCAGCUGAUCGCUCUUUUGACCAUGAUCAGAGAUAGAAGGACUAGCCGUGCCGAUUUCAUCUUCUACUCAAACAGGAUCAUACGCCUCCUGGUGGAGGAGGGGCUCAAUCACCUGCCAGUGGUUGAACAAUCGGUCACGACACCUGUAGGUCGCGUCUAUCUCGGAGUCCGGUUCGAAGGGAAAAUAUGCGGUGUUUCCAUCAUGAGAGCAGGGGAGGCGAUGGAGCAGGGUUUGAGAGAUUGUUGUCGUUCUGUCCGAAUCGGUAAAAUCCUUAUACAGAGGGACGAGGAAACUUGCAAGCCAAAACUGUUCUAUGAAAAGCUCCCUGGUGACAUCGCAAAUCGAUGGGUGCUCCUUCUUGAUCCUAUGUUUGCCACAGGGGGCUCUGCGACACUUGCCGUUGAGGUCUUGAAAGCGAAGGGGGUCCCUGAGGACCGCAUUCUGUUUCUUAACCUUAUUGCAAGCCCUUCAGGCGUUGCAGAUUUUGCUGAACGCUUUCCCAAACUCAGGGUAGUGACUGCUUUCAUAGAUCAAGGCCUAGAUGACAAAAAAUACAUCAUACCAGGGCUUGGUGACUUCGGCGACCGUUAUUACACGCUGUAGCCAUACCAACGAAGAUUGUGGCUUUAUAAAUCGUUACGAUAUACAUACAUACAUAUGUAUGAAUAAAGUACACUUUUACAGCUUAACGAUGUCGCAGCUGGAUUCCAUUCACAGUAUUAGGGUAUAGUAUCUUCCACUAAGAAGUGUGCCGCAAGUUCAAUGUUACUUCAUUUGGUACGCUGCGGGAUCCUCUAAGUUCAGAGUCAGUAUUCAUCGGCAUAUGUAUCGUUCCGAUCCGCUUCCUCGAACCCAACAUCUCGAGCGCUGGGGGAAGUAGCGAAAUCAUUCGAAGGUCUGACACGAGGAUCACUAUCCUCGUACUUGGUAGCAGUAUCCUUGGCAACCGCGUCACAGGCAUCCACCCAGUCCGAGUAUACAUCAACAGCAGCGGAGAGAU